AUGUCUGCGCAGUCGAACCCUGAUGGCUACGAAAUGAUUGAACAUCAAGAUGCCAGUCUUAGCUGCGCCGCGCUAGCCACCAUUCAAGCAUGGCUUCAGCCAACGGACUACGAUGCCGCAUCAAGUGAGUACCAUCGGCAUUUGUCUUCUCAAGCUCCUGGCACCGGAUUAUGGAUGCUCCAUACAUAUGAAUUUCGCCAAUGGCACGAUACUUCCGGCCGUGGGAGUCUGUGGAUCAAAGGCGUACCUGGAGCUGGCAAGUCUGUCCUUUCAGCCGCCGUCAUUGAACGUUUCAAAAAGGUUGAAAGAGUUCCUGUGUUAUUCUUCUUCUUCCGAGAAAUUAUUUCCGUGAAUAGGAAGCCCCGGUCACUAAUGUGUGAUUGGCUCGCACAACUACUUCCUCACAGCGUCCGGCUACAGGCUACCCUACAGCCUCUUCUGGAAUGCGAACUGGAUGAUAUGUCUGAUGAUCAAUUAUGGCAGUACCUUCUUUUGGGACUAUCCUCCAUUGACAAAGUAUAUUGUGUUGUCGACGCAUUGGAUGAGAUGCAGCUAUCUGCCGAAGACGGAUUCCUUAGCCGGCUAAAUGACCUCCUUACUUUUCGACCCAACGCUGUCAAAGUCUUGAUGACAAGCAGGCCAAACCAAUACCUUCAAACAAGCCUACGAGAUACCUCAAUAAUACAUAUCAAUCUUCAACAAGCCCUCGUUGACGAGGAUAUAGAGGCAUACGUCUCAUACCGGUUGAGUGCUGUCCUAGAUGACCCGAAGUUAUUACAGUCCCUACUUUUGACGGUGUCCAAAAGAUCCAGUGGCCUGUUUCUAUACGCUCGGCUGCUAUUAGACCAGAUAAUUCCUAGUCUUUCAUCUCUUGGGGAAAUUGGUGUCUCUAAUUUGAGUGACAUACUCCCUGUUGGCCUUGCGGAGAUGUAUGAUAACGUCCUCGCUGAGCAGGCCAAGGAAUUGUGUAUCGAUAGCCGUGAUCAAGUUACAAUUUUGGAAUUGGCAACUCAUUCUUUUCGACCGAUGCGCCUCAACGAAAUCGCUUGUUUUCUAGGAUACUUACAUCCGGGUCUACAAAACCCUAAAAAUAUUACGCGUGUGGCUUGCGGUCCGUUACUGGAAAUCUUGGAAGACGAAACAGUCCAGGUUAUUCACCAUUCAUUUACCGAAUUUUUAGUAGGAUCUGAGAAAGAACAUGUCUCUAACAAGGAAAUGCAGAGGAAGUUUCCCGUUUUUGACUCCCAUAACAUCCAGAAACGCUUGACUACCACACUUAUUACAUAUCUACAAUCGGGGGUUCUCUUGAGACAAGAUAAAUCUGAUGAAAGCAUCGGUGAUAUCUACGACUAUGCAUCCGCACGUUUGAAACACCCUCUUCUACAAUACGCUGUAACCAAUUGGGCGUAUCAUGCAAGCCAAUACGAUGUGCAAGAUGACGGGUUCUUUCAUGCCAUUGGAAAGUUUCUUGACCAAACAAGCCCUCAUUUUCGUCAAUGGGCUUUGCUCGAGUGGAGUCCUGUGUUGAAAGCAUCCCCAUCGGCUCUCCAUGUUGCGGCAUUUGCCGGUUUAACGGAAUAUGCGAAAUUCCUUCUCCAAUCAGGCAAUGGAGUUGAUACUGUGGAUGCUGUAGGCAGGACUCCUUUAUGGUGGGGCGCACGUCAAAAUCACACGUCCAUAGUAGUUCUAUUAUUACAAAUGGGCGCCAACCCAGAUGCAGAUGAUUGCUAUGGGAAUAAGCCACUUCACGAGGCGGCAAAGAAAGAUAAUGCCAAAUCGUCGAAAUAUUACUCGAGGCUGGUGAUGCCUUCCGGCUCGAAACUCACAAAGGGAGACACAGCAGUCGACUAUGCUUGUGCACAGGGACAUCCAGACACCUUGGUGCAAAUACUAUGCGAUUCUUGUCGAAAUGGAAAGCAUGAAGCAGUUCGUGCAGUGCUCGAGAACUCCGAAGUCUCCCCAGAUUCGAGAUUAUACGAUGCAACUGCACUAUAUCUGGCGACACUGGCACGUAGUGUGCAAUGUGUCGAGGCAUUAUUAGGAAAUGGUGCGAGUGUUCACUUAGAAUCGAGAUACCUGCGUCCAAGCCGCAGGCUCGGUGCACCACCACCAAGAGAGGUUUCAAAACAACCUUUGAAUGCUCUUGCAAAUGCCUGGGUGGAUAAUGACGAUGUCGCUUGUCCAGUAAUCAUGAAUUUGUUACUCGAAGCCGGAGCUGAUCUCGAAUACGUGGAUGGUAACGGAGAGACGGUCUUGUUCGAUCUGUUUUCGAGAAGGAGGAAACCAAGCUUAGCAGCGGUCAGGUCUCUUCUCGAGCGUGGUUCCAACAUCGCAGCCACUGAUAAAUCGGGACGCACAAUUCUGCAUCUUUGUGUUGAAUACUACAGAGACAUUGGGCUCUUGGAGGUCAUUUUUCAAUAUGGUGCAAAUAUUGAUGCCCGAGAUCACGGCGGUAAAACCUUGUGGCAUUCAUUGUUUAAAUCAUCUGUACCCAUUGAGGGGCCAGAUACCCUCGAUGCCGUUGUUGAGUAUUUGUUAGAGAAAGGCGCAGGAAAGGUCUGCCUCAUCCAAGAUACGGAUGGUAAAACUGCGCUCGAGAAAGCUGCAAGCUGUUUGAGCUGUGGUUUCCAAGCGUUCAGACGUGUUUUACAAGCAAGUCCUGAUAGAGCUGUUAGAGAACGAUGCCUCUGGAGCCUGAUAUCUUCUCAUCGAAGUAGUCCAGAGUUAUUCAAUGAGCUUGUUUCGGCCGGUGUUUCUCUCAAAAAAUGUGCUAGCGCUCUUCUUGCCAGUGUGCAAAACCAAAAUAUGUUUAGGACCUUACUUCACUGCGGGGCUCGAUUAGAUGCCGUUGAUAAACAUGGAAGAGGUGUUCUUCAUUACUAUAUUAUGACAAACCUCAAUCCAUCGGCGAGCAAGCUUCAAGAGUACGUUAAGAUGGGUCUGGAUCCUUGCAUUGUUGAUAGCAAUGGGAAUACCCUUCUACAUGCUGCAGCAUCUUAUUAUAUGGGUACCACAUCUCAUGUCAAACUUAUUGAGCAAAUCCUGAACUACGGAAUUGACAUAAACGCCAAAAACCAUCUCGGUCGAACAGCACUACAUAACUAUUUUAACAGCGACCGACCCAUGUUGAAUAACGGAGGACGUAACGCCCUACAUUUCCUGGACCUUCUUUCAAGCAAGACUUCAAAACUCGAUGUUGAUGCUCAAGAUAAUGAUGGUGUGACUGCACUCCAUAUAUCUGCAUCAUGCUCGGAAUUGGAUGUAGAUAAGCUACUGUCUGCUGGUGCUAAUUCAUCUGUUGUUGCCAAGAAUGGAGACAACAUACUACACAUGGCUUGCGAAUCCGGAAAAAGCAACAUUGUUACGCUUCUGCUUGAAAGAAUAGGAGAUUCGCUAAAGGAUCAGGUAAACAAAUUGAAACGCACGCCACUACAUAUUGCCUGUCGACAUGGCGUAGUAGAGUCCGUUUAUUGUUUGUUGAGAUCAGGACUCAACAUUCAUGCGAAAGACUAUAAAGGCCGCACGCCGCUUCAUGCUUGUGCCGAAUUUGCAAUUGAACAGAGACUAAAUUUCGUUCUGGAAUACUCAGACAACGAUAAAAUCAAACGUGCCAAAGCUCGAAUUGGUGCAGUCCCGGGAAGUUUCUCGAAAAACCUCAACCCAUCUCAUUCCCAUAAUUGGAGGCCUACACCACCCAAACCUCUUCAUGAUACAAGGCUCAUUGGGAACACUGUCUCUAUGUUAAUCGACGCUGGCGCAUAUGUUACAGCAAGAGACUCAGACGGGAAGACACCUCUUGAUCUUGCUAUAUUGUAUGAAUGUCAGCAGAUGGUGGACAGUUUACGACACACAGUGACAGAUGUUCCGAAAUAUUGGGAUACUAAUCAAAAAUAUGAUGUGUUUUCAACCGUUGUCGCUUUAAACCAAAUGCCCCGGGUGUCGGCUCUUGAGAGUGCUGAUAUCUCGUUACAAGAUAUUCUGGCGGAUCCUGCUCACUACAUCAAUAUUCUAAGCAUGCCAGAUCUGGAAUUUCUUCUCAAAGCUGGGGCAGACUUCACUGCAGAGAGAAGCCACUUCACGAAAAUCUCGUUUCUACACAGCUCUGUACGGUCAGGUCGACUUGAUUUCAUAGAGAAAUUGGGAAGUGCCAUGAAAACUUUUGAUGACGCGGAUUUUAUCAAAAGAGUUCUUGAGGAGAAUGGGAACAGGAAAAUAAACUACCCGCCAUAUUUUGAGCCAAUGUUGCACGUUGCCUGCAACCAAGAGCUAUCCAAUCUUGCAGUAAUAGGCCUGCUCGUCAACAAAUGUGGUGUGGAUGUAAAUGCUCAAGCAUUAAUUCCAUCAGUACCAUCUGGCAAAGAUUUGGUACUUGGUCCGACUGCUCUACAUGUUCUUGCGGACUCCCAGUUCUACUGGCAAUUACUCGCAAUCCGCUUCCUUGUCGAAAAGGGGGCGAUCGUUGAUGCUAGGGAUUCAGCAGGACGAACCCCUCUACACCUCGCCUGCGGAGGCCACAGAAUAGAUCUUAUGCGUAGGAGCCAUGGCUAUUGGGGUCAAGAAUGCGUAAAGCUUCUGCUCGAUCUUGGAGCAGACCCUAAUGCUCUCGACAAUGAGGGGCUUUCACCUAUCCACAAGGCCGGGUCAAGUCCAGAAAUCAUCAAAGCUCUCAUUCGCAGGGGUGCCCGUCUUGACGCUGGAAAAAUCAGUCCUCUUUUUGCGGUGAUUCAGCAGCAAAAUGCACGGGCAUUGCGCGCGAUUCUCGACCUGGGUGCCGACCCCAACAGUAUAGACACUAAAAGCUUCUGCAAAUUGAAUUAUAAAAUCAACGACCAGGCAAAAACCGCGUUGAAAACCGCGUUGUUUUGUGCCAGCUUUCCUGGAAAUACAUCGGAUGCCUCAACGACACUUGUUCAACUGCUCCUAUCGUUUGGCGCUGACCCUUUCGUACCGCUAAACGACCAUGAAACAUUGAUACACUUUGUCUUCGAGAACGCAGAGUAUUCGAUCAUUUCUGCGUAUAUCGAGUUUGCUCAUAAAAUCGAUUUGAAUGCGACAGAUCAACGUGGGCGGAACCUUCUGCAUGCUGCAUGCAGUUGGUUAUCCACUGAUAAUGAAGGUCGCAACGCCUUGCAUCAUAUCAUUGAUAACCCUUAUAUGGAAGCAGAUACAAUCCUUCAAUUUCUCGCCCAUGACGUGGCAAAAUCUGACGCCUUUACACAUGGCUUUCCGAAUGCUGCGUCCAGCACCUCACAAUGCCUUUGCACACGUAAAACACGACCUGAAUUUUCAAUAUUGACAGAUGAUGAAGAACAAACUUACUGGAAGGCACACUAUGAUGGCUGCAUCCGUCUCUGGCAAAAGUACUUGAAUACAGGCGGCAACUUCAAUUUCUGGCAUGGAAGUGAGCAGAGAUCCAACGAAGGAGGUGACUUGUUGCCACGUAGAGCACUUCUCGGAUUUGUUUCCAAACAAUUCGACAGUGGAUAUGUUCGCUAUGAAUGA